AUGUUGCUUGCCAUCUCCGGCACGCUCGCGGCCGGCAAGACCGAGGUGGCCCGGUACCUCACGUUCCAGGGCUUCCAGCUCAUAGCGGUGAAAACCCACCACAAAGCCCCCGGGCCGUCCGCGGACGGCGAGCUAGACGCCCACGUGUACGAGCACUUCGACGAGCUCUUGGACGACGUGACCUCCAAGUGGCAGCAGAACUUUGUCAUCUCGCACAUCGACGACUCGGCCAUGCUCCACAAGCUCCAGAAACGGCCGUUUUUCCUCCACCUCUCCAUCGACGCGCCGGUGUUCUUGCGCUACCAGCGCUACUGCUUGAAGAACAAGGACAGCGUCGAGACCGCAGAGGCGUUUAUCGCCAAGUCCGACGCGCUCUUGUUCAACCCGCUCAACCCGCUCAUUGAAAUCAACAACCAGGCGCACAUCAAGGUCGUCAACACCACCGCGUCCAUCAAGAGCCUCUACAUCAAGUUGAGCGAGCUCGACGUGCUCAACCCAGAGCGGCUCCGCCCCACGUGGGACGCGUACUUCAUGCGGCUCGCGGACUUGGCCGCGUUGCGGUCCAAUUGCAUGAAGCGCAGGGUGGGCUGUGUCAUCGUCAAAGACAACCGGGUGGUGGCCACGGGCUACAACGGCACGCCGCGCAACCUCACCAACUGCAACGAGGGCGGGUGUGCGCGGUGCAACCAGGGCCAGGGCAGCGGUGCCAGUCUUCUGACGUGUCUCUGCUUGCACGCGGAGGAAAACGCGUUGUUGGAGGCUGGCCGCGAGCGGACGUCGGGCGACAAGUCCAUCUUGUACUGCAACACGUGCCCGUGCCUCACGUGCUCCAUCAAGAUCGUGCAGAGCGGCAUCCGCCAGGUGGUGUAUGCACAGAGCUAUUCCAUGGAUGAGCAGUCGCACCGCGUGAUGAGCGAGGCCCGCAUCGUUCUCCGACAGUACGUGCCGCCAAAGGAGGGCAUUUUCAUAUGA